CUGCUAGCUGUUGCAGGAACAACAUCAUGGACAUUGGAGGCUCGCGGUACUUACGCGUAGUGAUCGGAGUGGGAGAGUCACAUGAGCUUAAAUCCGCAUUAAGGACUUGAAGACGUAGAUGAAAAUAUUUAUAAAAGCAUUGUUGCAUAGUGGUCUUUUCUCCCCUGUGGCGUCGUUGUGAGCCGGAGCAGCGAUGAGGGGAUGCGGUUCGGGCUACAGGCGGAGACAGAUGAGCGGGCGGCUAAACAGGGUUAGCUUCAUUAGCUAGAUGCCUUUACAGCAUUGAGUGCAGCUCGCAUUUAUUAUGUUCCUAUCGAGAUUUUUUGUUCGGGUCAAAUGUUCACGAGGCGUUUAGAUUAUUUGGUUUGUUCCUUUCGGUUUUGUGGGUUCAGAGAGAGAACGUUCAUAUUGCUGAUCUUCACGGUAUCAGGGGCGGCCUGUUCCACGCACACAGCCCGAUAACACACUCCCAGCUGCGUGUGUAUGUAUGUGUGUGUGUCUGUGUGUAUUUAUUUAUACACACCGCUUUUAUUCCAUCGGGCAGCACCGUGGCUGGGGCUUUAAUCAUGAGGGAUGUAAUAAGAUAUGGUGUGUGAAUUGUCAUCUUCUGACCGUGUCAGUAAAUUAUAUCAGACAUAACGUGUGUAGGAAAAAGUCCCUCAAUGUCCGAGUACUGUGAGUAAAAUACGGCUGCCGGUGAGGAAGCACGCGCGCCUGCUGUUCAAUGCUAAACGCUAAUAUCAGCAAGCUACUCUAGCUAGCUAAUGCUUAGCUGGCUGGACAAAAAAAAACACGUCUUGCACUCUGGAAACCUUUUUGGAUCUUGGAUGGGAGAGAGGAUCAGGAUCCUGACGAUCAGAGUGAGUUUACUACUUUGAUGGACACGGUCUACUUUACGCACAGGAUGUACAUACCACGUUGGCAGUUUUGCACUUGUUUGCUGCAAUGAGAUAAUAGAAGUGGUCUACAUGAGAGAACUGUGACAUUUGCCUCUCUAUAUCCCCUGUUUGAUAUUUGAACAUCAGAAUAUGACCACGCAAGCUCUUUUGCCACUCUCGGGGCGCAGGAUACCCACUCUGUCUCCAGGUGCAUCAUCUUUCCCCCACCACAGGGCAACCUUGCGGCUCUCAGAGAAGUUUAUCCUUCUCCUCAUCCUCAGUGCCUUCAUCACCCUUUGCUUUGGGGCGUUCUUCUUUCUUCCGGACAGUUCCAAGCCCAUGCGCAUUGACUUUGUGGAUGUUUUGAUACCACACAUUGAACAAGGAAAGGAAGGACGUCAUAACAGUGGGCAGGUCAUACAUGGCCAAGGAGUCCACGAUGAGCAUCGACACAGGGAAGAGGAGGAGAGCCUUCGCAGGAAAAUCCGGGCAGAUCACGAACGCGCACUGCAGGAGGCCAAGGAGAAACUGCGCAAGUCCAAAGAUGAGCUGAAGGCAGAGAUCCAAACAGAAAAGACUAAAGUAGUAAAGGACCUGAAAAAGAAGGAUGGACCAAAGCCCCUACCCCCAGUGCCCAUGCCCAAGCUGGUGGGCAUCAAUGAUGGAGACCCUGGAGACCCUGAUGUUAAACAGAAACGGGACAAGAUCAGAGAGAUGAUGAAGCACGCGUGGGACAGCUACAGGAAGUACGGCUGGGGACACAAUGAGCUCAAACCCAUUGCCAAGAAAGGACAUUCCACAAAUAUAUUUGGUAAUUCCCAGCUAGGAGCCUCGAUAGUGGACGCCCUGGACACACUGUACAUAAUGGGCCUCCAUGACGAGUUUAAAGAUGGUCAGGCGUGGAUUGAAAAGAACCUGGACUUCAGUGUGAAUGUAGAAGUGUCUGUCUUUGAGGUCAAUAUCCGCUUUAUUGGAGGACUGCUUGCUGCAUACUACCUCUCUGGGCAAGAAGUUUUUAAGAUGAAAGCUGUUCAGCUGGCGGAGAAGCUCCUUCCUGCCUUCAACACCCCCACAGGCAUCCCCUGGGCCAUGGUCAACCUCAAGAGUGGUGUGGGUCGUAACUGGGGCUGGGCCUCUGCUGGUAGUAGCAUCCUGGCUGAGUUUGGAACAUUACACAUGGAGUUUGUGCACCUUACAUAUCUGACUGGGAAUCCUGUCUAUUAUCAAAAGGUGAUGCAUAUCCGGAAGCUGCUGGCUAAAAUGGACAGACCUAAUGGUCUCUACCCAAACUACCUGAACCCUCGCACGGGGCGCUGGGGCCAACAUCACACAUCAGUAGGAGGUCUCGGUGACAGUUUCUAUGAGUAUCUCUUGAAGGCCUGGCUGAUGUCUGAUAAAACUGACACAGAGGCUCGCCAAACCUACAAUGAUGCUAUUGAGGCUAUUGAGCGGCACCUCAUUCGGAAGUCCAAUGGCGGCCUCACCUUCAUUGGCGAGUGGAAGAACGGCCACUUGGAGCGCAAGAUGGGUCACCUGACCUGCUUUGCUGGGGGCAUGUUCGCCCUAGGGGCUGAUGGGUCACCAGGAGACAAGGCUGGCCACUACCUACAGCUGGGAGCUGAGAUUGCGCAUACUUGUCAUGAGAGCUAUGAUCGCACAGUUUUGAAGCUUGGUCCAGAAGCCUUCAAGUUUGACAGUGGCUUGGAGGCAGUCGCAGUAAGGCAGAAUGAGAAGUAUUACAUCCUGAGGCCAGAGGUGAUCGAGACCUACUGGUACAUGUGGAGAUUCACACACGACCCCAAAUACAGGCAGUGGGGCUGGGAGGCAGCUCAGGCUAUAGAUAAAUACUGUCGAGUCAGCGGGGGUUUCUCAGGAGUGAAAGACGUUUAUUCCUCCAACCCCACCUAUGAUGACGUCCAGCAGAGCUUCUUCUUGGCAGAGACUCUCAAGUAUCUGUAUCUGCUGUUCUCCAGUGAUGAUCUCCUGCCUUUGGAGAACUGGGUCUUCAACACGGAAGCUCAUCCUCUACCAGUGCUGCAUCUGGGCAACAUCACCCUGCCUGGCAGCCAGGCAUAGCAACAGAGGAGCUUCAGCGAGUGUGGGCGCUCGCCUCCUCUUUCUCUGAAAGACUGCAGGUACCUGCGUUCGGGAGUUAAUGAGCUGAGGGUCUCUUCCGCUCAACCACUGUGCAGCCUGGACUCCGGGUUUUUACUGCCAAGCAGAGGGGACCAGGACACACACUCAGACUCUGUCUACUCAUCUAUGUCUCUUGUAUUUUUUUUUCCUCUCCGCUGUCUCUGAUAAGCUGCCAGUCAGACACAGACAGCUUCUGUGACUCACUCAUUGCCUGCAUGGCUCUGACAUUGGUGGAACCUGUUAGAACACCACAGCUCAGCAAACAAAUCAGCAUCAACCGUGGGUUGCAGUUAAUGAACAAACAAAGGAAAUACAUAUUUUCUCUGUGAAGAAAGAGGAUUUUACAUGGCUUUAUUGUUUUUUUUUUUUGUUGUUGUUGUUUGUUUUUUGCUUUCAUUGCUUGAUCACUGCAGGAGGACAAACGGCUCUCUGGCCAUACACCCCUUUAUUGGCUCCCUCACACUGACCUGUAGCUGUGGGACGCAGCAGCUGGAUGAUGUGACCUCUGAAUAUCUCCCACUCUCCCUCUUGGAGAGAAUACAGGCUGGAGACACCCUGGGAUCUUUGUGGCUUGUACUGAUAGUCUUCGUGUGAGUGUGUGUGCACAUUCUUGUUAGUCUGCUAUCAGCCUCCCGCACAUUUCAGUAAAAUUCUGGUCCUGACUUAAAAUCAAGUAUGUUCUUGGUUUGCCAUGGUUAGUUGGUGAAAUGGCUGGAGCUUUUUUUUUUGUUGUUGUUGUUCAUUUGCACCUCUGUUAGAUUAGAUCUUGCUUUCGGGACUAUCGCUGCACACGGCACAUAGGUUUAUUCCAAGCCACAAAAAAAAGAAAACCUUUCAGUCAGUUUCUAUUGCAGUGAGCAUGUGAGUAUGCUCUGUUUCCUUUCAACCACUCAGUUUGUUUGAAAUAAAGGGUUGAAUGUUCUGGAUGUCAUCCACAUAGCUCUACACAAAUUGACUGAAUUAAUAUUGGACUUAUGGUCUCACCUAUUCAUCUUCAGGUUUUCAUAAAGUUUUGCUGUGCAAUAGAAAGAAAGACAUCUUUCCCUAAUAAUCGCUCUCGUUUUUUUUUUUUAUUCCAAUAAAUUUCACCACUAAGAACAGCGAACAGAUCAAGGCAGAGGGAACGAUUCAUUUUUAAUAUCCUACUACAAAUCAUUUUUGAUAAGUCCAGUCAUGUUUUUUACAAACGCAAACAGAGAUUAUGCUAACAUGCCCAUGAUAAAGCUACUUUUUGUACUGGUUUUGCACCAUUGUUUGGACUAAAGCGCAAGGGUUGUUGGGCUUUGGAUCAAUUUGUUUUCAUUCCAGUCAAUAGAUGAUAAACCUUUUAACAUUUGGAUAUGCAUGCUGCUCUGUCUGCCAUCAAACUGAUGAGACUGCAAUAUUUAGACAGGCUUCAGCAAGAAGUUUUAUUCUAAAGAGACAGGAAGCCACCAGUGCUGUACUUCACAUUAGACCAAGAUCCAACUUCAAAUACUUAAGGAUUUCUUUAUUUUAUUAUUAUUAUUUUUAAAACAAUGUAGUUUCUUUCAAAUUUGUCCACUAGAAAACAAUAUUCAGUGUUUAAAAUGCACAUCACAAGUGGUACUGGCUGGUAGGAACUAUUUUUAUCUCACCCAAAAAUAGAUGUUUAAACACCCCACCCCCUCCACUAACCAGUGCAGUCGUCAUUGCUUUACCUUUCCUUCUGGUGGCAGUAGCAACAGCGUGCUAAUGCUCUGUAUGCUUUGGGUUCUUUUCUUACUCGCCUAUUUGUCUCUUACUCCUUCCUAAUAUCACAUAUCCGUCCCCUGGUUUUGUUGUGGGAGAAGCCCAGGCCAACAUGACCACUAGGUGGAUUUUGAAAGCUGUGUUCUGUAUUCUGUAUUUUUACUGAAAUGAGAGUACUGUAAAUAUCUUUAAAUGUGACAGAUCCAAUAAAGAUGUUACAUAAAGUGAAAGGAUAAA